AUGGCGCUCCUGCCAGGAUUGACCAUGAUGAAGUCCGGGAGUGAAGCGGAGAAGCUGUAUGCACCUGCUCGUUGGAACAGAGCAAGGGACGAGAGAACCCUGUAUGCGAAGCUUUUUGGCAUCGAAAACGUCAAGAAGCAUACCUGUUCGCUUUUAGCUUACACCAGCGACUCUGACAACAAUCUUCUCGAGGCGAAUGCAAUCAAAGCUCUAAGAAGGAUACACAAUGGCAUUCUCAACCUAACUUUUGUGGAUUCCAGCGGUGAUACAGAAGUCCUAUUCUCUUUCAAGGACAUUUGUAAACGAUCGGACGUUGUUGGCUAUGAAACAAACUGCUCGUUCGUUGGUGUGGUGGAACUGAGUGACAGUGAGAUUAGCAGCGUUCCAGCUGGCAUUUUUUUCAACCCAAAGUUUGGAUACAUUCCUGUGGCUUCUUUUUUGGGGGGCCGAAGGCAACCCCAAGGAUCCUCCUACGUGGAGGGGGCGAGUGGUCUGUUGCUCCAGUACGAGCUCGAGGCAGCAACAACGAGCUCGACGCUCAAGUUGUAG